GCAGCCUGGCCGGCGGAGCUGCGGAACCACCAGCGGGAUUGUGCCAGCCUGGCCUUAGCCGGAGGAGCCCUCUCCCCCCUUCUGGAUCGCGGGUGGCGUCCGGACCAGCCCCGGGAAGGGGCCGCGCCCCGACGGCGGGGGCGGCUACAUGGCCUCUGGGUGCCCCUGGCGGGGAUGCGCGCCUCGCCAGCGCUGAGCCUUGGUCGGGGACCGUCCUCCGGCGGGCGGCAGGCGGUCCCGGCUCGGUCCCCGUCCGGCCCGCGUCAUGAGCCGCCUGGACAUCGCGGUGGAGCUGCUGAUGGCCGGGCUGGCCAUCGCGGGCAACGUGCUGGUCUGCUGGGCGGUGGCGCUGAACAGCCGGCUGAAGACGGCCACCAACUACUUCCUGGUCUCGCUGGCCGUGGCCGACGUGGCCGUGGGGCUGCUGGCCAUCCCCUUCGCCGUGACCAUCAGCGUGGGCUUGACCACCGACUUCCACGGCUGCCUCUUCCUGGCCUGCUUCGUGCUGGUGCUCACCCAGGGCUCCAUCUUCAGCCUGCUGGCCGUAGCCGUGGACCGCUACCUGGCCAUCAAGAUCCCGCUUAGAUACAAGAGCAUGGUGACGGGGAAGCGAGCCCGCGGACUUAUCGCCGUCCUCUGGAUCCUCUCGUUUGUCAUCGGCCUGACGCCGCUGAUGGGUUGGAACAACAUGGAGGCGAGUAAGAACUGCACUAACAAGAUGUCGCCCCCCGACGGGGGGAGACAGAACAGCUGCCUGGUGACCUGCCUCUUCGAGAACGUGGUGCCCAUGAGUUACAUGGUCUACUUCAACUUCUUCGGCUGCGUCCUGCUCCCGCUGUUCAUCAUGCUCUGCAUCUACGUCAAGAUCUUCACCGUCGCCUGCAAACAGCUGCGGCAGAUCGAGCUGGUGGGCAACUGCCGGAUGACGCUGCAGAAGGAGGUCAGCGCCGCCAAGUCGCUAGCCAUCAUCGUGGGCCUGUUUGCCCUCUGCUGGCUGCCCCUCCACAUCCUCAACUGCCUGACCCUCUUCUACCCCGCCUUCAAGGACAACAAGCCGGAAUGGAGCAUGCACUUGACCAUCGUUCUCUCCCACACCAACUCGGUGGUCAACCCCAUCAUUUACGCCUACCGCAUCCGGGACUUCCGGUACACCUUCCGGAAGAUCCUCACCCGCUACGUCCUCUGCAAGAACGAGGACUUUCCCAAGUGCCCCAAAGGGAGCAUCGGCGGCAGUAGCCGUCACCUGGAGGUGAAUAACGUGAGCACUUCUCCAACUUACGUUUGAUGGCCAGUCAGACUUUUGGUCUGUCCCCUGUUGGUGGCAGGACAGCGCCGUUAAGUGGGAAAGAGGUGCCAGGAGAUUUACAUUCUGGUGAUCCUCGACUUAACGACUGUAUUAGAGCCUGUCACGGUUGUUUGUCGUAACGGUUGCAAAGUGGGUCACCCAGCCGAUUGGCCUGCUUUUACAGCAGUGGUUCUCAACCUGUGGGUCGGGACCCCAUUUGGGGUCGAACGACCAUUUCACGGGGGUCGCCAAACAACGCAGUCCGCCAUUUUUCCCCCCUCUUUUCCUUAGCUGUGCUA